UCCGCGCAGCAAAAUUCAAAGCCAAAGAAUUUGCAUCGCAAAAAUGAAAGUCAUUCUGAGAAAAAAUCUGAUUUGGGAUCGGGACACUUGCUACGUAGUAAGAAGAGAAGUCAUCGCAGAGGAAAGAUAAGAAGGGCGGUGAAAUCUCGGGGAAGUUCGAAAUUUAUGGAUAAAAGCAGAAAGGCAAAACUCGAUAUGAAAAUUGAAGACGACAUUGGCUGUGAAAAUUCUGCAAAUAAUGGCAAAACUGUAAGCAGCAGAAAGAGAAAUCACAGGGACAAGAUAAGACAUCAUGAGAGGAAAGAUGUAAUUCUUCUUUUGGAGGCAGCAAGAGACGAAAUGUUCCGAAUAAAGGGAAAGACCUUGUCCAAUCUUGCUAGAGCUGCUGCAAAAGCACAGAAAGCAAUUGAAGGACUUCAGCACGUGGUUAGAGAGCACAUCAACUCAAAGCAAGUAAAGACGAGGCAGCUCCGCGAGGCAUCAAAAGAAAUCAAUCUUGUGCGAUUCGUGUUUGACUUCAGGGCAUAUGAAGUGCCAGGAGAAUACGAAGAGGACGAAAACAAGGGAGAAGCAAAAAACGACAAGAAACACCAAGAAAAGUCAUUCAGCAUUCCUACCACACACACACACAAGCUUCAAUGAAAAGAAUAGGAAAAGACCAGGGGAAUCGUUCAAAGUUGAAAAUGACGUUUAAAAAGUCAAAAGCACGAACGAAAGUGACAACUGUUCUCAAUUCUUGUAUCCAUGGCGAGAAAACAACAGGAAGUUUGGUGACACAAAAGCCUAACGGUGUUGAAGGAAGGCAAAACCAAGGUAAAUUAUAUCAGAACAGGCUUCUGAAUCUGCAAUAACAAGGUUAAAAUUUGCCAUUAGUCUUCAGUUCUUAAACACUUUAUAGCAAAAAAAGAAAAUUUUUUUCUUGAAAAUUGAUUAUCGUGCACUUAAAAAUUUAGGUAGUAAUAUAAAUGUUAAAGUUUCAAAAAUAUAUGCCUGAAUGUUUUGAGGGAUUUUCAGGAAAGCCUUCAAGUUGCCAAAUCGCGGUAGCAGUGUUUUGCAUGUCUGAGACAAGAGCUCAAUACCACUCCUGAGUUCAUUCUUAAAAAUGCUAUGAAUCCCUGCUGUAGCCUCCUUUUUCUCUAACAAUCGCCAAGGAAAAUUACAGAUAUCUUUGCUGGCAAUAAAACAUGUAAACAUUGUGUUUCUUUAUUUCUUUUGCACUAUACAUAAAGAAAAUUUCUCUUUUCCAAUCUCCCAGAUUAAAAAAUUUAAGGUGAUACCGA